AUGGAAAUUAGGACAGUAUCCCAAGUUUGCCAAUGGUUGGGCAAAACUGGUUUUGAAAAUUACACUGAAAGAUUUAAAGACGAAGGUAUUGAUGGUAAGGCCCUCAUGAAAGUGACCGAUGAUCGAAUUGAAUACUUAUUAUCUAUAAUAAAUCACUAUGGGGUGGAAGAAAAACCAAGCAAUAGAAUAAAGCGUAUAUUUAAAAGAGAACUAGAAGUAUGGAGAGCAGAAAUUGAAUAUGAAAAAAAUAAGCAGAGAAUCAAAAAAAAUAAAGUUGAUACGACGCCUAACCGGACAGCAUUGCCAAACAUGAAUAAUGCUGCAGCACAACGAACACAAAUUUUAAUCGAGUACAUUGAGUAUACGUAUAAUGUAAGAUGCAUUAUUUUAUCGCAAGAUCAACAUAAUGAAAACUUGGGAAUACAAAUACAAUUUUCGGGUGUUAAGCAAAAUGUAGAAGAUGCUCACAAUGAUUUAGAGUCAUUGUUUACAACUGUUACAACGAAAAUUUUCAAUGACGAAGAGACAGAUAAAAAGGCGAUUUCAUGGUCGCAAACUAUUUAUUCCGAUUUGGAUAUUAAUAUUAUACAAAAAACCUUCGACAAACUAAAACUAUUCACUGUAUGGGAAAAGACAGAUUUUUUAGCAGGAUAUUAUGUGGUUCACUAUUUCACAAAAAGUGGUGCAUUUUAUGUAUCAGAAGAUCAUAUUAAGCGAAUAAUGUACAAUCACAUAGCAUAUGUCAAAGACAUAAUUGUAUCGGACUUUGGUAACAUAUCAAAAUCUUUCCGAGAAAAACUAGAACAGCUUAUCACUCAAAAAGCUAAAGAACAACAACAAAAGAAAACAUUUGCUAUCAUUUAUUGGAUGUAUCCCGGGCAAACAGAAUUGAAAAUUAGUUUUUUUGGGCAACAUCUUCUCGUAAAACGUGCAAGUACACAACUAAAACAUCUAAUAAAUCAACAUCAAUUAAUACCAAUCACCACUGAACUAACUCUUACACAACGCAAUUGUCUACUAGAUAAUUAUGUCCAUCAAUUGAAAAAUAUUGAGCUUGAAUACAAUGACUAUGAUGUCAAAAUUCAUUUGCGAGAAAAUCGUUUGUAUGUUCCUGAUCAUUUGAAGAGUAAAAUCUUACAAAGAAUCACCAAUCUUAUUGAUUCACAACAUCCGAUAACUUUUCAAUGCAUUGGAAGUAAUUAUAUAAUUACAAACGAUGAAAAACUACAAAUGGAAAUAAUAGCUCGACAGUUCAAAUGUGAAAUUUAUAAAAUCGAAUACCAAAGCAACAUACAGCUUGUGACAUUACCGAAAUCAACGAAUACAUAUACGUUAUCAUCGGUACCAAAAUUUAUUAUUAAUAAAUCAAAAGAAUUUCAUUCUUCGUUAUCAAUCUUGGAAAAACUUUCAAUAUCAAAUAGCACCAUAGAACUCCAUUUCGCUCAUGAUUCGACUGCGCCAACGGCUGAUUUUAAUAUUCUUUCUGUGAUUACCAAUGAGGCCACGCAGAAUGGUCAGCUGACCGACAGUAUGGUCGACAAUGAGAAUGAUAGUCGUAGAACUAUGGAGAUUUGUCAUGUCUUACCAUAUUGGUCUACUGUAAAACUUGAUAAGAAUAAUUUAUCGUUUAAAAAUUCAAUAGAAAAUUUCAUUUUCAAUUCAUUGAGAGAUGUUUCAAUUCUUAGUGCGAAUACAGUGAAUACAAUUGCAUUUUGCACGAAUGAAUGGGAAAAUUAUUCGCCUCGAAUACGAUUGGCGGAAGAAAUUAUUAAUGAACUAAAAAUUCAACUUAAAAAAGAUCAAUUUUCUCACUUCCAUUGGAGAAUAUUGUUUGUUUUUAAUCGAAAUCAGAUUGAAUUAUAUAAUCAAUUUUCACACAUAAUAUCAUCAACGAAGACGAACAAUAAUGAUUACGAGCAAUUUUUUUAUCCAAUAUCAAGUGUUACGAUAAAUUUUACAACAAGCGAUGGCAAUGUGGCUAAGUGUCAUCAAGCCAUUCGAACUUAUUUGUGUAAAACAAAAUUUAAAACAAUUGAAAUUCGCCAUGCCUUUGAUUCUGACAUUUGGAAUCAACAUUUAAUUAAUAGAUUUUAUUCUUAUUGUCUUGAAAGAUUUGUUUUACCGAAAAACGAUUUAACCGAUCGGAGUUUGGUACUUGUUGGUUCAGUAUCUAAUAUUAAUGAAAUAGAACAGAAGUAUAAAUUAAUGGAUACGAUCGUAAGACAAAAAAUGGCAUUGCCAGCACCUGUUUUAAGAAAACUGCAGCUUGAUCAAAAUCACCAAGGACCAAAGAAACAAACAUUCGUUAGUGUACCGGAUGCAUUUAAUAUUGUCAUAAGCUACUGCACGGGUGAUAAAAAAUUAGCAGAUUCUCUUACUGAUCGUCUAAUUGAUGAAGGUUAUUCAGUGUAUGCUGAUUGCUCCGAUCAGCCAAGAUCCGUGAUCGAGCCUAAACUGAAGAAAUCAGAUUUAAUUGUUAUUCUGUUUAGUGAAAAUUAUGGAACAGAUGAACAUUGUUUAGUUCAGCUAAGACUUGCGCAAUCAGUUGGAAAACAAUUACUUCCAGUCUUUUUAAAAAGCGCUCUCUUGCAAUCAGACUGGAUUCAAUAUAUUUCUGUUUUAGAAUUAUAUCAUGAAUUAUUCGAAGAAGAUGUUCAAUUUGAAUUAGAUGAAAAUUAUGAUUUAGAAUACGAUAGAUUGUUGGUGGAAAUGCUUCAACAUACAAAACCUGGUGUGAUUGGUCAAAAAUACUCAGUCUCACAGGCUAUUGCUAAUGAAGAUCAACAACUACAAGAUGGAUAUUUUGCAUCAAAGCCAUUAAUACAACUUACUGCUGAGCAAAUCGAGCAACGAAGAAAAACUUACGAUGAAAAAGUGAAACAAUUAAUGGAAAGAGAGCAGAGUUCAAAUGAUGAUAUAGAAUACUCAAUUAAAGCUGCACAAAAAGCUAUUGAAGAUUGUGAAAAUGGUUAUAAUCCGGAUGAUGCAGAUGCGAUUUCUGAGCAAAGCCAUCGUGAUGUAUACACUUAUAAUGUCAGAGAGAUAACUGAAGUUGACGAUUAUCUUGCUGCAUUUCUACUCUGUAUUAAAGGUUGGAUUGAUAAAGCAUCGAAUGGCAAUCCUGCCGUUUGCAAUAUACCACCAUUUACAUUAACCGGCGAUUUUAACGAUGCCAUAUUUCCAGUUACGAUCCCUAAUAAGAAGGCAUGGUGGAGAAUUAAUAGACUUACAUCCUUUGAUCAUACUUUAGAUACGCAUUAUUUUUAUCCUGUUGUACCUAUUAUUGGCUCAUGGGCUAAUCAAUGUGAAUCGUUGUACUAUUUACAAGGCUGCAUUGCUCGUGAUGUUCGAUUUCACCGAACUGAAGAAGCAAAUGGAUAUACAAAUUUUACAACAGAAAUCAAAAAAGGUAGCACGGGCUGGGAUAUUACACAGGAUGCUGUAUUAUUGUGCGCAUACAAAUAUAGAAAAAAUCGAAAGAUCACUGAAAAAUCACCACUUUGGGAUCGUAUAGUUAAACGAACUAUAGAACUCACUGAAAGUAUUAAUGAGAAAAAGAUCGAUCCAAAAUCCAACAUUUUACAAGGGAAAAUCGGACAUGAAUUGAAAAAACCAAAAGAAAUACAAAAACGAAAUCAACUCGAUGAUCCAAAUAAUGAGUAUUGGAAAACUAAACGCCUAAGUAGCGCUAGGGAAGCUUUUAUUCAACAGAAGCUAAAGAAUAUCCUGGAAUUCGAAGAGUUUUGCAGACAAUCGACAACGAACUAA